AUGAGCUCGCAACCCGCACAUCCGACGCUGCUCGUCCCGGGCCCCAUCGAGUUUGACGAUGCCGUCCUCCAGUCCAUGAGCCACUACAGCGAGAGCCAUGUCAGCGCCGGCUUCGCAGCCACCUUUGGCGAGACGCUGUCGAUGCUCCGCCAGCUGUUCCAAGCGACGGAUCCCGCCGCCCAGCCCUUUGUCAUCAGCGGCUCCGGCACCCUCGGCUGGGACCUGGUGGCCGCCAACCUGGUCGAGCCGGGCGAGAACGCCUUGGUCCUGAGCACGGGCUACUUUGGCGACGCCUUUGCCGACUGCCUCCGCGUCUACGGCGCCAACGUGACCAAGCUCGACGGGCCCGUCGGCGGCCGCCCGCAGCUGCCCGAGAUUGAAAGGGCCCUGGCGGAGAAGAAGUACAAGGUGCUCACGGUGACGCACGUGGACACGUCGACGGGCGUCCUGAGCGAGAUCAAGGGCCUCGCUGCGGCGGUCAAGAAGGUUUCCCCCGAGACGCUCGUCAUUGUCGACGGCGUGUGCAGCGUGGCCUGCGAGGAGAUUGCCUUUGACGCGUGGGGGCUCGACGGCGUCAUCACCGCCGGGCAAAAGGCCAUUGGCUGUCCUGCUGGCCUGUCCAUUUCCAUGUUCAGCGGCCGAGCCAUGCGGGCUCUUGAGAGCCGCAAGAAGGAGCCCGCUGCGUACUUUGCCUCGAUGAAGCGGUGGCUGCCGAUCAUGCAAAACUACGAGGCAAAGAAGCCGUCGUACUUUGCCACACCCUCUCCGCAGCUCAUCCACGCCCUCAACACGGCCCUUAAGCAGAUCCUGGAGCGGCCGCUCUCGGAGCGCUUCCAGAAGCACAUCGAGGUGUCGGACAAGGUCAAAAAGGCCGUGGGGGACUUGGGCCUCAAGAUUGUCGCGACCAAGCCUGAGGAUCAGUCUCACGCCAUGACGGCCAUCUACCUGCCGGACAAGGUGGCGAUUCCCGACAUCCUCCCGAAGCUGCUGAGCAAGGGCAUCAUCUUUGCGGGUGGACUCCACAAAGAGAUAGGGACAAAGUACAUCCGGUUCGGGCACAUGGGCGUCUCUGCGCUCGACCCCAAACGGGACGAUAUCGACCGGGCUCUCGAGGCGUUGCAGGCGGCGCUGGCCGAGUGCGGCUACCAGAAGCCGUAG